ACGAAAAAGAACCACAAAGAAAAAAAACCCGAAACGAAUACGAAUACCGCAGCGACUCGACUUCAACUUCAACGACAGCCAGCCAGCUAGCUAGCUAAAAGCUAAAGUGUAAAAGCAUUAAAGCAAAAGCAAAUGCAAAUCAUCAUCAGCAAAACUCGAUCGAUGUUUAAAAUUUGUUUUAAAAAAUAAGUUGUUUCAUAGAGUUUAGUUAAUUGAAAUUGAAGGAAACAAACAACAAAAAUAAAACAACCGAAAACGCGAAAGAAAUAAAAUAUAUUUCCAUUUCCACAGUAAUUAAACGAAAACCCCGUCUCUCGAACCAUUUCCGCCCCGCUUUGCUUCGCUUCACAAAACCUACUUCUCUACUUUAUACUUACUCGUUACUCCUCCCCAAGAAUCUCUAGUGAUUGUUUCAAAAAGAAAAAAUAAAAAAAAUCUUUCGUGGCUCCUCCGUGAGUCUGUCUUCGUUUCCAUCGUCCGUCAUCAUCAUCGUCAUUGUCGUCGUCGUCGUUCUUGUUCUCGUUGUCGAAGUGUUUUAAUUUUAAACAAGUUCAUAGUGGAAUUAAUAUAAAAAUUUAAAUUUAAUUAAAUUAAAUAAAAGCAAAGAAAAGAAAAGAAAACACACAUUAAUUAACGCCUCCUCCAGCCAUUGCCCAUCACCAUCAACAUGGCUGAAGAAUUAAUGGUGGUUUUGAAGCGCAGCGAAAACUCUGGAUUCGGUUUUUCACUUUUAGGCACCACAGGACCGCCACAUGUAAUCUAUGACAUCGUUGAGAAUUCGCCAGCUGCUGAAUGUGGAGCGGUUGAAGCAGGAGAUAUAAUUGUUAAAGUAAACGGAACAGAUGUUCAUCGAUACACAACAAAAGAGGUUUUAAAAUGUCUGCGAUUAUCCGACGAUCUCGUCACCCUAGAACUUAAAAGAGAUCCAAAAAUAAAAGCUCGCAUUAAAGAACAAUUAGCCAGCACAAAGAAUCUUCAUUAUAAUUCCGAUUCACCACGAGAAUCUCCGAAUAUUUUCGAUAUUAAAACAUCACGUAAAUCAGAUCCUUUAACAUCGUCAAUACGUCGACCAACUCAAUUAAGUCCGUCAUCGUCGACGACGAAAAUAAUUGUCGAAUCACCAUGUCGUCCUUCUCGCAUUCCAACUGCUUUAGCUUUAAAGUGUCCAGCACCGAAGAAUGUCCAACAUUCGCCACAACAUAAAAGGCCAAGGCCAUCGCAAAUUCCAAAAGCCAAUGCCAAUGGUGGUGGGAAUUUUCAACUCACCAAUAGUUUCUAUACUCAACAAUCAGAACCUGGCGGUACGAAUAAUACAAAAGAUUGUGAUCAACUUCAAAUAAGAGAGCCAACAUCUGCUCCGCCAACAACAAAGGCACGCUUUGAGGCGUACAUGAUGACCGGAGAUUUAAUCCUCAAUCUAUCACGAACACCCCAGAGUAGUAAUUUGAUUCCAGCUCACGCUAAAAAGGUGGAUAGCUUACGUGAUUCUCCGAAUCGUGCUGCAGCCCGCGCCAAUGGGGCCUUAGCACCACGAGCCUCUGGAGAAUCCACACCAUCAUCGUCUUCGGCCUCGCCAUCACAUUCAGAAAGCUCUGAUUCAGUGAAUUUAAUAAAAAAGAAAGAUAAGACUAACAAUCGAAAAGACCAUAGUAUUAACAACACAUAUAGUAGUAAUAACAGUAGUGAUAGACAAUUCCGCAAGGACUCUCUAACCAAUGACACAUUGUUGCUAUGCGAGGAGUUAGAUAGGGACGAAGAAGAAGACGAUAACAACGGCGACGAAGACGACGACAUCGAAGAGGAAGAAGAAGAAGCUGAAGAAAUAGAUCCUGACGAACAGGACAAACUGGACGAAGAAAGCCUCGACGAGUUCAAUUACGAGAUAAGCCCCGCUCCCUAUGCUAGCGAUAGCCAGCGAGGAGGAGGCGAUGUACAACAAACACAACAGUGCUUAGGCAGUGACUUUAAUGACGAUUUAAGUGCCGGUGUUACAUCGUCCUCCUCCUCAUUCAAACAAAAACUUUUACAGCAGCAACAGCAGAGGAACUCUGACCGAGUUCGCAUACAGCAAACAGCCGCAACUGCAACCAUCGAUUUGGUUGAUAGCUCCUCGGCCAGAGACUAUACUGGGCCAUCAUCACAAUAUCAUCAUCAGCAUCACCAUCACCACCACCAUCAUCAUCACGCGCAUCAUCGACAACACUACCAACAGCAGCAGCAGCAACAGCAUCAGCAACAACAACAGCAACAUCAUAACUCGUCAUCAUCCUCCUCGUCAACAACUGUGAAAAGCGAAGCGAACAGCUCACCGGACGAGACAAGUUUUUCGGUGCCUACGUCACCGAUAUCGCUCUCCACGCCGCUGUUGGACGUUAAAGAGACUGCCAACUCAGUGCCAACUAGUCCAGAACCGAGUGGCAUCAACGAAGCAGCCGUGAUCCGACGGCAACAUCAUCACAACGGUGUUGUGCGCAAGUGUGAUUCAGCUGGUUUCCGAACCAGCAAGUCAGAAGAUCACUUGCAACAAGUGCAGCGCGAAGGUAUUGCCGCUGUUAUACCGAUCGAUAUUGAUGAGGAUGUAAAUAGCUCUCUUAACACGCUGCUAGAUACUAGACAGGAUUCUGAAGAUUCUCAGCCAACCCAAAAAAAGAAGGCUGACCCGACACCCACUGUCCUCAGUCCUAGAGAUAUUAUUUUGAAGAGGAGGAAAAAAGCAUCAAAUCGUGAUCGUAUUGUUUGGACGUAUAACGCUCCUCUGCCAACAAACCAACAACAUCCUAACCACCAUUAUCCCCAGCACUAUGCCACAACGACAUCACCAAAUUCACAUUCUAGUUCAAUAAGCUCAUCACCUCAGCACACAGAUAGUCCGGCAUCACCGACAUCGGUUUCCAGUUCGGUAAUGUCGUCGUCGGGGUCAAAAGGCGCCAUUGGCGGUGCAGCGGGCAGUAGUAGUGGCAUGGCUGGCAAUAGUACGGGUCAGACAAAUCAAAAUCUUGGUUUCCUUCACUGUCCAGUGAAUGGAGAUCAAAGUGUUUCCGAAGCGAUAUCGAAUAUCUCUUCACCUGACUACCAGGACGAUGAUAACUUAUUGAGUUCACGCGAUCUAAUCGGUGGAAUGGUCCUGAGCGAUCCAAGUGAUUCAGAUUCCACGAUACUCGUUUCGGAAGCAGUACAAAGAAAGAGAGACCAACAAAAACUACAACAACAACAACAGCAGCAGCAGCAACAACAACAACAACAGCAGUUGCAGCAACAAAAUGAACAUAAACUAGUUAUACAAGUUCGUGGAUUGGAUAGUAAUUCCACAUCACCACGAUCGGCAUAUUCGGAGUUGAAAGACUCUGAAGAUGAACUGGCCACACUGACCGAAGAACCACCGACAGUUGUUACUGCUAAUAAUAGCAAUAGUAGCAAUGGUAAUGGAAAUGGCAAUGGUAAUGGCAAUGGUAAUGGUAAUCAACAAUACCAGCUGCAACAUCAAGAUUCGAAAGAAUCAUCGCCUCCUGUAUCGGACGAUGGCAGUGAUGUCGAAUCAUUGCACUCGUAUCAUUAUUCACCUAAAGCUGUUGAUAUGCCAUCGGCAAUUCGAUUGGCUAAAAGACUGUAUUCAUUGGAUGGCUUUAAGAAGAGCGACGUAUCUCGGCACUUAAGUAAAAAUAAUGACUUUAGCCGGGCAGUUGCAGACGAAUACUUGAAGUAUUUUACAUUCGAGAAAAAGACUUUAGACCAAGCUUUGAGAGAAUUCUUGCAGCAAUUUUCGCUUUCUGGUGAAACACAAGAAAGGGAAAGAGUUUUAGUUCAUUUUUCGAAAAGAUUUUUGGACUGUAAUGCUGGAACUUUCAACUCACAAGAUGCUGUUCAUACUUUAACAUGUGCAAUAAUGCUGCUUAACACAGAUCUUCAUGGAGCUAAUAUAAGUCGUAAAAUGACUUGUGCAGAAUUUGUUGAUAAUUUAGCUGAGUUAAAUGAUGGAGAAAAUUUCCCUAAAGAUGUAUUAAAGUACUUGUAUCAAGCUAUUAAAAGUCAACCACUUGAAUGGGCACUUGACGACGAAUCUCCUGACCAGCAAAAACAACGAAAUGACAAUAAUAUGGGAGCCGGUCAAAUUGGACAAAAUCCAUUCCUAGAUAUUCCAGAGCCAUCGGCUGCAAUCGAAUAUAAAAAAGGUUAUGUGAUGCGAAAAUGCUGUUAUGAAUCUAAUUACAAAAAAACACCCUUUGGAAAGCGUUCCUGGAAAAUGUUUUAUUGUACUCUGCGGGAUUUAGUAUUAUAUUUACACAAGGAUGAACACGGAUUCCGAAAAAGUCAAAUGUCCGAUAAUUUACAUAAUGCAAUCCGUAUUCAUCAUGCGCUAGCAACCAAAGCUACAGACUAUACAAAGAAACAACACGUUUUUCGGUUACAAACUGCCGAUCAAGCUGAAUAUCUCUUCCAAACGAGUGAUUCGAAGGAAUUACAAUCCUGGGUGGAGACAAUUAAUUAUGUUUGUGCCUCAUUUUCAGCACCACCUCUGGAGGGUGGUGUAGGCAGUCAAAAGCGUUUCCAACGACCUCUAUUACCGAGCACACAUACAAAGUUACUUAUGAAGGAACAAUUAACAUCGCACGAGCACCAAGUGAUUCAGUUGGAAAAUACAGUAGCCGAACAUAAGAAAGGUCCGAUACCAAGUAAAGGAUUACCAUUACAAAAUUACAAAGAAAAAGAAAACUAUUUGCAGUACGAGCUACGUCGCUACAAAACCUACGUGUCAAUCCUCAAUGCUAAACUUCUUGCCGACCAGCAAAUGGAGUUGCAAAACAAUUGCCUAAUAAAUCCCGACGAUCCUGAAGGUAUUUUCGGUGGGAACAAUGGUAAUCGCACCAUUAUCACUGGAAUCGGAAAUCCAGCACAGCCCUCAAAUAGCAUUAUUCUUCAAUCAUCUGGCCAACAACAACAGCAGCAGCCACAACAGCAACAACAAUCGCAACAAUCUGCACAACAACAACAAACAACUACUGCUAACAGGAAAAAGGAAAAGAAAUAAGAUUCUUUUUGCCAAUGGCCAUGGAUAUUGGAUAUUUACUACGACUUAUUUAUUUUGGGAUUUCAAAAAACACCAAAAAACAAAAAAAACUUCGAUGUUUGUUCGUUUCAAAUUUUUGUUUCAUUCGAGAAACAUAAAUGACGAUGCGCUCGCAAAAAUGCAAAACUUCAAAACUUCAAAAACGUCUUCGCAUCUCUUAGUUGUUCAAAAACUGACCUUGUAUAACACUCUUUGUUUGUAUUGUGUGCGUGUUGUGUGAGUGUUCUUUAACUGUAUGUGUGGAUGUGUUAUUACUUGGAUAUCUGUUCAAUUUUUCUCGUUUUCGUUUUUCAAAAUCAAUUAUUAAACCCUGCCCUGUCACGAAUUAUUACAUCGUUCUCGGAGGCUUUUACGAAUCCCGAAAAAUCCCGAUUACGAUUGAAUUGGCAUUCGUGAAAGGAGAGCUGAUUAUUAUUUGAGUUUAAUCGUAUUAAUUAUUAUUUUUAUUGUUGAUCAAUAUUCAUUGGAUUUAUCAUGCAAAAUUGUUUAUAAAUGUUUAAUUUUUUUUAUUUGUUUAAUCUCUCUUAAGAGCUAUUCUUAUGCUUUAAAAAACAUAAUAUUCGAAAUCAAGUCAAAUGCAUACCUAAAUUGCUCUUUGCUUCAUGUUUUCAAAUUUAUGAUAAUAUGCAGAAUUAGUAUUUAUAUUAUAGAUAUUAUUAAUAAAAUCCAUUAUAUACUUUCGUAUAUUAUGAAAAAUAAUAAAAUAUUAAAUGUAAUAUGUAUUCACAUAAGUAUAGUUA